AUCGCCAUCUGUCCCCCAGACACAUCCUCCCCACAGCUUGGUGACAGAAGCUUGGUUGCUGUCUCUUUUGUUUCGUCAUCUUCUAUUCCUAGCUCUCUAGCUAUCCGUCUUCUCUAGGCACUGUCUUCACCUCUUGCUCCCUCCCCGCCUUCCCCCCUUUCAAUCGCACUGUCAACGCCACCGCAAUGGCUAUCGGCGAUAUCCCCUCCAGCCCCCAGCAGGCGACGGCACCGCCUCAACCCAUCGACAUUGAUGCCUGGACUGAGCAAGCAACCGUUGCCCUGGGCUCUGUAACCAUUUCCGUCCCUGGAGAUGCGCCUCAGACUGCCCCAGUUACGCUUGCCAUUCCGCUCGAUGAGCACGAUGCGCCCACGGCUGCUGCACACCCUGUAGGUGCUUCAGCAGCCGCAAAAGAAGGCGGAUACUAUCGUCGCAAGGAGCCGCUUCGCCGCGACAGCAUGAAGCGGCGCGAGGCCCUGCUAAAGGGAAAGGAGGGUUCCAGGCGCAGGCAGAGAUGGGAGAAUGAUCGUCUCCUAAACAACCCCCACGCCGAACCCCCGCUCCCCAGAGACUGGGAAGUCCACCCUACACACACGCCCAAACACGUGCCUUACUACCUCGCCCCGCUCUGGGACCAAGGCCUGAGUCGCCAAUCCAUCGACCGCCGCUCCGCCGCCCUCGCCCAAAAAACCGCUCAGAAAACCAUCGCUACCAACCCCUCUGCGCCCGGCAUCGUCCCCAAGGAACUCCGCGACAAACUCAAGCGCUCGCGCGGCGCAAAGGGCCUCCUCAUGGACCUCGAGAGCCAAGUCAGAAGCUUCGUUGCAGAGUGGCACGACAAGGAGCGCCAAGCCGCGCAGCUCGGUGUCCCCACCGACCCGGACAGCGAGGACGACGAGAUUGUUUUUGUGGGCAGAAAUGGACACAUGAAUGAUGUUGCUUCUUCGCCUUCUUCGUCGGCCCUGCUGCUGCCCCUCAAGAAGGAGUUGAUGCUUUUUGAUACUCCCGAAGAGGAUGUCGGCGGCUGCUUUGGGAGGUGGCUCGUCCAUCAUAUUGCCGUUUAUUAUGGCUUGAGCACUUGGAGUGUUACUGUCGGCGAUCCUGCCAGGAGGGAGGCGUAUAUUGGCGUCAAGAAGGGGGGAGGCGACGCCUUGCCUAGGCCCUUGUAUGGCUUGGUCUAGGUCUUAUCAUUUUUUUGCAUGUGCGACGUGUAUAUAUGGCCAAGUGGUUUAGGCAAAUUGUUGUCUACAUGGAUUAGAGUACGCAUAGUUAUUCCACUCUUGUGUUCUGUUUCCAAGACUAAUAUAGUUAAAGUGUUGUAAAAAAAAAGACCUUUGGGAGAAAAAAAAAGAGAUCAUACACUUUGUUUC